AUGGCCAACCCCGGAGAAGGCAAGCAAUCCAAUGAUGAUGGGGCACCCAAGCCAGUGUCACAGCUGAAGCAGCUUGAGUCUCGGGUGGUCCGCAGACGCCUGUCCCAGGCCCGCCAUCGAGCCACCUUGGUAGGGCUCUUCAACAACCUAAGGAAGACAGUUUACUCCCAGUCUGAUCUCACAGCCUCCAAGUGGCAGGUACUGAAUAAGACGAAGGUUCACAUUCAGGAACUGGAACAAAGCUUGGAUAAUUUGCUGAAACUCAAAGGAUUCUUCAACUUGCGAGAUGGAAAUCCCAACAGCUUAGAGGAGGUCAAAGAAGAAUAUGCCAGAAUGUACUCUGAGAAUGACAGUGUAUUCCUAAACAGUUUUCCUCAGGACAGUCCCCCCAAGUGUGUCCCCCCUGAAGCUGUGGGACCAGAUGCUGAAGAAGAAGGAGAAGAAGAAGCAGAAGAAGCAGAAGAAGAAAAUGGUGAAGAGAGAGAGGUAGAGGAGUACCAGGAAGAGGAGGAAGAAGAGGAAGAGGAGAAAAAAGUCGAUCUCUCCCACUCCACCCCCACUCUGUUGCCAGACCUCAUGGAAUUUGAACGGUACCUCAACUUUUACAAGCAGACAAUGGACCUCCUGACCAUGAACAGCAUCAUCUCCGCACAGGAAGUGACACUCCCUAUUGUCUCUGCGGCCAUCUCCCAUCUGUGGCAGACUCUUUCUGAGGAGAAAAAGGCCAGGCUCCUGCAGGUGUGGGAGCAGCAGCACAGCACCUUCUCGGACCUCACCAAGACCUGUCUGGAGCUGGCUGGUGCGGAGGGCAGCAUGAAGGACAGUGGAGUGGACAGUCAAGGAGCCAGCUGCUCACUGGAGUCCACCCCGGAAGAGAUCCUUUUUGAGGAUGCUUUUGAUGUGGCAAGUUUCCUGGACAAGAGUGAGGCCCAGCAUAUGUCUAACAUCAGUGCUGUGUUUGCCAGCUGCAACUCAGCAGAAAAUCCAGAGGAGAAAUUUCAGCUCUACCUUCAGAUCAUUGAGUUUUUCAAAGGCCUUGGCUGUGUGAACACUCCACAAAACCAGGAACCGGAUCCUCCAGUCGACGAUGGUAUGAUGCUGCUCAAGUGCCUGGAGACCUUUGAUGAUGAUGAGGUGUAAAGCAGAUGGGCUGAGAAGGAAAAGAUUAAAUGGGAGAGGCGGGCUCAAGUUUAAAUGCUGGUAGCUAGGGUCACGCCUCCCUGUCUUUCAAGAUUUAUUGAGAAAGGUUGUU